AGAGUGAGCCAUCAUGGAUGAUAUUUUUACCCAGUGCCGGGAAGGCAACGCAGUAGCUGUUCGCCUAUGGUUGGACAACACAGAGAAUGACCUCAAUCAGGGGGAUGACCAUGGCUUCAGUCCUCUCCACUGGGCCUGCAGGGAAGGCCGCUCCAGUGUGGUGGACAUGCUCAUCAUGAGAGGGGCUCGCAUCAACGUCAUGAACCGAGGAGAUGACACGCCCCUGCACCUGGCCUCCAGCCACGGCCACAGAGACAUCGUGGGCAAGCUGAUCCAGUGCAAAGCAGACGUCAACACUGCCAAUGAGCACGGCAACACACCACUGCAUUACGCCUGCUUCUGGGGACAGGACCUUGUGGCUGAGGACCUGGUGACUAACGGCGCUCAGGUGAACAUCUGUAAUAAGUAUGGAGAAACUCCUCUGGACAAAGCCAAACCUCACCUGCGUGAAGCCCUCCAAGAGAAAGCAGAGAAGUUGGGCCAGAGUUUGACCAAGGUCCCCUUCAAGGACACAUUCUGGAAAGGCACCACCAGAACUCGACCGCGUAACGGCACUUUGAACAAAGCAGCGGGCAUUGACUUCAAACAGCUCUCCCUCCUGGCUAAGAUCAAUGAGAACCAGUCUGGAGAGUUGUGGCAAGGCCGCUGGCAGGGGAAUGAGGUUGUGGUGAAAGUGUUGAAGGUUCGUGACUGGUCCACCAGAAAGAGCAGAGACUUCAAUGAGGAGUAUCCCAAACUCAGGAUAUUCUCCCACCCCAAUGUGCUGCCCAUGUUGGGAGCGUGUCAGUCUCCUCCCGCCCCUCACCCCAUCAUCAUCACACACUGGAUGCCCUAUGGCUCCCUCUACAACGUGCUUCACCAGGGCACCAACUUUGUGGUUGACCAGACACAGGCGGUGAAGUUUGCUUUGGACAUUGCCUGUGGGAUGGCCUUCCUGCACACGCUGGAGCCCAUGAUCUCUCGGCACUCUCUCAACAGCAAGAGCGUCAUGAUCGAUGAGGACAUGACAGCCAGGAUCAGCAUGUCAGACGUCAAGUUCUCCUUCCAGUGUCCAGGCAGGAUGUACUCCCCAGCAUGGGUAGCCCCUGAAGCCCUACAGAAGAAGCCUGAGGAGAUCAACCGGCGGUCAGCAGACAUGUGGAGCUUCGCUGUGCUGCUGUGGGAGCUGGUGACCAGGGAGGUGCCCUUCGCUGACCUCUCCAACAUGGAGAUCGGCAUGAAGGUGGCCCUUGAAGGCCUACGGCCCACCAUCCCUCCGGGCAUCUCACCCCACAUCUGCAAGCUCAUGAAGAUCUGCAUGAACGAAGAUCCAGCCAAGAGGCCUAAAUUUGACAUGAUCGUGCCCAUCCUGGAGAAAAUGCAGGACAAGUGAAAACUGCUUUUUUGCUCUGCCUUGAAUGACCCUCCUAAACCCCAGAUAUUUUGCCUCCCAUAUAAUCCAGAGAUGUGGUGUUUACCAGUAUUGCCUUAGACUUACUCUCACUACUUACCGCUGCCCUCAAUGCCACCGCAACUUAAGCCUCUGAGAACGAAAACGGCGACACACUUGUUUUAUUCUUGAUUAUGAUUUUUAUUUUUUGCUAUCAUCUCUUGACUUAUCAAGACAAGUUUUUAUCAGUACGUUCAUCUACGUCACUUUCUCAUCGCGUCCAUGCUGGAGCUAAGAAUUGACUGUUCCAACUGUUGUGUUCUAAUCAUGUGGACUGAGUACAAGCCUCUAUAUGUGACUGAAUAACCUGUGGAGGUCAGGAUGACAAUCUGUCUGUUGCACUGCUUCCUUUCUUUACCUCUGGAGGGGGUCUCAUUAUCUAGGGGUCAGACACUGUGUAAAGUGACCUGCAACCUGUUAUUGCUGAUAAUGAAAGCUCUUACGAAAACAGUAUGUUGCUGUAUUAUCCUGAAGCUUGUCUUGUGGAACUGAGUGUGUGGCUGUAUGGCUUGUUUCCUCCUCUGUUGUUUCAAGGGCAUGUUGUAUGUAUGCAAACAGGGUUAUAGGACUGCUCCUGCUAUUAGACUAUUUAUCCGAACAAGUAUUUCAAUGUCCAGUAUUCUUCAGGAAGUGCAGGGGAAUGAGCAGAACCACUUUUUACAUGUGCGCUACUUUGUGUUGCAUCAUUCAAAUUUGAUUCCAAUGGAUGUUGAAAGAGGGAACUACCUUCACAGAUUGGGAGGUCAGAAGUAUAAGGUUCGGUUUGCUCCUAGCAGAACUCGGCUAGGCGAAGCGAACGUCUGUGCCGCACAUUCUCCCUUGCUUGAAAAACGACAACAAAAAAAGCGCCAAUAUUACUGUUUGUCCCUUUUUCUAUAGCCGUACAACAACUUAGCCUAAACACUUCCUCAAAAUAGUGUGAAUUAAUAUAAGAUACAUCAAGAAAUCUAAUUAGUGUUGACCUUUUUGCAGAGGUCUUAGUCGCUAAAUUUACAUCUAAGAUGUUUGGUGCAGUAUUUCUCAAGUAAAAUGUUUUUGCAUGAAAACGUGUCGUCUCGUUGAACGACAACAAACCCGAAAUUGAAGAAUCCCUACUGUUGACCAAUCACCAACGAAAAUGGCGUAGACUUCGGCUACGAAACUUCGGUUUGCCUCCAGAAAAAAAUGUGUGCCGAACAAAACAAAUCUGACAUGCUCACAUUGAUAGUUUGUUUCAUUUCACCCUCAGAUCAUUGGGAUUUGUUGUCUUCAACUCCCAGCUUUGUUGAAUUCUGUGGCUAUGUUUAUGCUUGAGGUGAUUCCCAACAUUUCACAGGAGAGUGAAGAUGAAAUGGACAAUAAGGGGAUAACAUGAAUAUUAUGCAAUCUGUCACUUUGUUUCUGCUUGCUUUUUGACUCAACUGCAUUGUUGUACCCCGAUAUGUGUUAUUUCCGUCUUUAUUGAGCUAUGUAAUACGUAUUUGUUUUUUAACAUGCAUUCUUUCUGUACCUCCACCAGCUGGCUUAUUUGUGCUGAAUCACCGGGGUAAAAGCCAAAACCGAGCAUGUCUUAUACAAAUGUAUGUAAUUUAUAUAUAAGUAUAUUAAAAAGAAACACAAAAACAA